AUGAAGGUUGCCUCCGUCAUUCUCGCUGUUCUCUUCGCUGUCGGCAGCAAUGCCUGCGCCCUGUACCAGGAUUGCAAGUGCCACGACAAGACGACUGGUCAACAAAACGAUGCCGCCACCAAGGCUGCCUGCAACUACUACCGUGAGACACAGUCUGACGCCUACACCUACUCCGACGAGCCGCACCACCAGUGCUCUUCCAACGCCGUCGGUGAUGGUCUGAUCGACAACUGCAAGUGGGAUGAUGCGUGCAAGGCUGCCGGUGGUCCCAACAUGUACCAGUACUGCUGGAACAAGUUCCCCUGGUAA